AUGGAAAAUGAGAGCAAGAGGAAGAUAAAGGAGAGAUUUGGCCUGAGGCGGGACAUCUUUAAGGAGUUCCUGGCGGAAUUUCUGGGGAUAUUUAUCCUGAUACUCUUUGGCUGUGGUUCAGUGGCCCAGACGGUGCUGAGUAAAGGGGCUCUCGGGGAGCCCUUGACCAUCCACAUUGGUUUCACUCUGGGAGUCACGAUGGCCGUCUACAUGGCAGGGGGAGUGUCAGGAGCCCAUGUGAACCCUGCAGUCUCUCUGGCCAUGGUGAUCCUGGGGAAGCUUCCUCUGAAGAAGUUCCCUGUGUAUGUGGUGGCACAAAUCCUGGGGGCUUUUGCUGGAUCCUGUGCUGUCUAUGGGUUGUAUUAUGAUGCUUUGAUGGAAUAUACCAAUGGAGAAUUUGCUGUUACUGGUCCAAAUGCCACUGCCAACAUAUUUGCAUCUUAUCCAGCAAAACAUCUCUCAGUCCUGAAUGGGUUUGUUGAUCAGGUAAUUGCAACUGCUGCACUGAUCCUGUGCAUCCUGGCCAUCACUGACAAGAAGAAUAUUGGUGCUCCAAAAGGCAUGGAGCCUCUCUGCAUUGGCCUGGUCAUCUUGGCCAUCGGAGUGUCCAUGGGUCUGAACUGCGGCUAUCCAAUCAACCCGGCACGAGACCUCGGCCCACGGUUCUUCACGGCUGUAGCUGGAUGGGGAAUGGACGUAUUCAGAGCUGGAGGUUGCUGGUGGUGGAUCCCUGUGGCUGGGCCGAUGGUAGGCGGAGCAGUCGGAGCAUGCGUUUACUUUCUCUGCAUUGAGUUGCACCAUCGCGAGCCUGAAAAACAGGAGGAGAACAAUGUCCAGGACAAAUAUGAAAUGAUAACUAUGAGUUAA